UAAGAAUCAAUUAAAAAACAUCUGUCAAUAACAUAACCUCAAACUGAUUUUCAUAUAAAAGGUUACUAUAGUGGUUUAUCGAAGCAUCUGAUACUAAUUUUAGCAUUUAACGGGAAAUCAAUUUUAUUUCCAUGAAAAUGACUGACGAAAUCCAAAAGAAAUUUCAAAAAGAACUCGAAUUGUACAAUGGUGUGCAAAAAGAUAUUAAAAAGGCGAUAGGUCUGAAGCAGCAAUUAGACAGCCAGUUAAAUGAAAACAAAGCUGUAAAGGAAGAAUUAGCGCUAUUAAAGAAAGAUUCUGAAGUAUACAAACUGAUCGGGCCAGUUUUAGUAAAACAAGAUUUAGAUGAAGCGCGGACCAAUGUCAGCAAGCGUAUGGAAUACAUCAGUAAAGAGAUCAAAAGAACAGAUGAUCACAUAUCCGCGUUAGAGAACAAACAAGAGGCGCUGCAGGAGAACCUCAACAAGCUCAGGAAUGAUCUUGGGAAACUGAAGUUAAAAGCUUGAAAUUAAACAUCAUGAUUUAUUGCUAAAAUGUAAACCUAAUGCUAUAACGCCUUAAAUUAACAUAUUAUGUGUGUAAUAUUUUCCUAAUUAUAAAGUAUAGUAACUAUA